GUUCAGAUGAAGACGGCCUACAAUUUGCAAAGGCAUAUGAACUGUAUUGCACAUCUGUUAUUGAAACGCGCAUGAUAAGGAAUAAGGAGAUACUGAGAAUGUCAAAUCUUAUUCGUCUAUUCCACCACUACGUGCAGAAACAUGAAGGAGUAGAUCCAUCAAGUUACAGAAGUGAUCAGCUGAAGCGUCGACUGAAACAAGAUUACCCACAGCUAAUUUUUCAUUCACCAAGUCGACAGAAUAUGUGUGAUAUUGUCUAUGUAGACUCACUUUCAGCAGAUACCAUGGUAUUAUGGAUGAAUGAAAGUGAGUUUGAAUCAGAUUUCUCACCCAGUGACACAGAUUCUCAGACCAGUGCUAGUAGCCCACUUAAGUCAAUUCAUCACUAUCAUGACAGGUGUCAAGAACCGAACACGGAUCAUCAAUUUGCAGAAGAUUUCAGCAACAUUAUCACCCAGAAUAUGCCAGUCGCUUAUUGGAAUGCACGUCUUUACAGGUUGUGAUUCCACAAGUGUUUUUUAUGGAAAAGGAAAGAAGAAAGCUUUUGAAUUGACUAUUGCAUCAAGUGACUUUAUUGAAGCAUUCUCAACAUUAGGUGAGCAGUUUGAUUUGAGUGAAUCAGUCUUCACAGUACUUGAGCAAUUUGUCUGUAAAUUGUACGGACAAUCGAAAUCUACCAGCGUAAAUGAAGCUAGAUAUCAAAUCUUUUGUAU